AUGAUCUCUAACAAUAACAACAAGUCCAUCAUGAUGAGUGUGGACAAGAUUCAAAGCCUUCUCAAGUUACUCUUCUUCAUCAGCACAUUGUUGUACUUGGCUGGAAAGGGUGUUGAUUGGCUUUUGAAACCAAUCAUGAACAAGCUAUUCAGCUCUAGAACAGGCUCUCUAGCAAGUCAAUCAUCAAAGUAUUUUACACUCCAAGUUCCUGUUCCUUUCAUUAAUAUAAAGAAACUAUUUGGUUCCUACAAUGAUGGAGAAGGUAACCCAUCAUUGUCAUCUUCUCAACCAAGACCAAUCAAAGGACAAUACAGUGUUGAAUUUUUGAAUGGGAUUGGAAGAAAGAUUGACUUUUUACAUCAAAACUAUACUCGUUACCUCAACAAACUAACACAAGGCAAUCAAACCAUGAUGAUGACUUCAUCUACUGUAGUUAGUGGCAUUGGGAAUGAGUCAACAUUCCAGAAAAGAGUUUUCCCAAUUGUUUUUAAAAACAAAUUUGGUCUUGCAAAAGACAUUUUAAUGAGAGACUUGCUUGAUACAAUAGAGAAGUGUCAAAUUAAAUCAGAGAUGUAUAGACAGCAAAUCAAGGUCAUUUCCAAGUUUGUUCCCCCAUCCUUCUUUUUAUUAGAUCCAAAACUGUCACCCUAUUAUUGGAUUUUAACAGAUAUCGACUACAAGUUGAUGCCUCCCUUCUUGAGAAAUUUUGUUCUCUAUACCAAUACUUCAACUGUGGGUAACACCAGCACUAAUCAAGGUUUAUUCAACAAUAAUUAUUCAACAACCUCCAUACCGUAUUCGAAUCAACUACAGUUUCCGACAACUUCUUACAACAGUAGUUCGAUGUUUUUGGGGUCUGUUCUCCCUCCACAUAUUCUUGAUCGGAUUCGCUAUGAUUGGAAAUUUUUCAUCACUCAAAACCGAAGCAUUUCACACCGAUUCGAAUAUUUAUACAACGCCUUCCUGAAGAAACAAUCCAUCACUAUCAACAGCAAACAAGAGAGGAAGAAGUUUUUGAAAGAAUUUGAGAAUGAAUGUUUUAAAUUAUUGAAGAAGAGAAGAAAACUAGCAAGGAAAAAGAUGAAAACAGUGAGAAUGAAACAUUUGAGACCUAGUGAAAGAGAAAAAAGUCAAUUAAAAGCUCAAUUCAACAAGCUGAAACAGCUUGAAUUGAGCUCGAUAAUUGUUUAA